AUGAGGGUCUCACCGGCGUUCAUGGACCUCCCCGCCCCCAAUAUCAACCCGGGGCGCCUCCAGAACGUCCAUGAGGGCAACAUAUUUGACCACGAGGGUGUUUCCGAGGGGAUCCAGCCACUACCAUCUCAACUGGAGCUUGUGGCUGACAAUAUGCUCUGGGAAAGUUGGGGACCACCAGCAUUGCCUCAGGAAGAGGCAGUCUGGACAACAGCCGGGGCUACGGAAACGAGUCAGCAAAAUGCCAGCGCCGCCCUGGCUUCAAAUAGAACUCGAUCUGGCCGUCGUGUUACCCAGCCAGCUGUUCGAGAAACCGAGCCUGUGAUAACAAAAGGGCCACCUGUCAAAGUAGCAGCAAAAAAGCGGAAGCGUCUGAACCGCCAGGUGUAUAUAGUUUGCACCGGCUGCUACCGAGGACACAGCCCUUCGAACAAUUUGAUUGUUCUAUGUGACUCGUGCGAUGCUCCGUGGCAUCAGAAAUGUCACAACCCGAACGUUGAUAAUGAGGUUAUCGAAAUCCCGGAGAUGGAUUGGUUUUGCAUCAAGUGUAAACCCGAGACAGCCCAGACAAAAUCUGGAAAGCAGGCUGCAACAAAUGUGAAAAAGGUUGGACGCCCAAAGAAACAACCUGUGACUGAACCUCAAAUGGGUGGAAAUUAUCACUCAGAAGAAGAACGACGGGCGUAUCUCUCAUCUCUUUCGCAUGAUUCGCUAGUCCAGCUUAUAGUGAAAGUCUCAAACGAGUGGCCAUCGGUUCCCAUAUUUCCCCACGACAUGCAACCCGUGACUGAUUUCACACCAUCACCUUCUGCGACGCCACACAAUAAUCGGGCCUCCAAACCUACACCGAAGAAAAACUCUCGUUCCGCAUUGCUUGAUUGGGGAAGUCUGGAAUCCCCGUCUGAGGAUGCCAACGCUAUGGAUUCAAACCAGCAGAUGGGUAAGGCUUCUGAUACACUAGCCCCCGAAGCUACUGCAUUGGAUGCCGAUAAAGUCUUUGCUACAAUGGUCACCGAUGCUCCUCCCGACUUUGCUCCCCCGGCGGCUCUUGGUGGUAUCCCUCCGGACCAGAUUUUUGCUGGAAUUUCUCACGCGCAUCCUUCCACAAUUGCUCCCCAGCCUUUUACCACCACAACCUCGCAGACCCCUUCCGGGGCCACGCGCAAAUUUACAUCUCGAGCUUCGCCUGCAGUUAGACGUGCUCGUAAGGCCUCUUUCGUUUCGUCGAACUCCGACCUGCUCACCGAUGAGGAGUCAUCAUACUCCGAAUCUCGACUGCAAUCUCCUACUCCAUCCGCGUCUCAGUCUUCACAAGUCGGAUCCCAGCAUGAAUCUGAUUAUGACCCCGAAGAUUAUCGUGCUUACCCUGAAGCUGGCCAGGGCUUCCAGGCUCCAUCGGCCCCAAGCGAUCUCGACAUCAUGACUGAGGAUAAGCAUUGUCUGACCUUCAGUCAUUCUAUCCGAUGCUUAGCUAAGGAGGCUCAGAGUAAGAAGCCUCAUUCACCAUUGCGUCAGCGCAAGCAGUGGUGA